AAAAAUAUUUCUUUCAGACGCGAACGAGGAAGGUGAUAAGUACGCACAACUUAUGUACCUUUCAUUUUCUAUAGAAAAAUUUGUUUAGUGGAUUUACUCGUUCAGUUUCAGUGUUAAAAAAUAUUAACGUUCUAAAGUACAUUUAAGAAAAAAUAUAUAAAAAUGAAAAUUUGGACGUCGGAACACACUUUUAAUCAUCCGUGGGAAACUGUAACACAAGCCGCAUGGCGUAAAUAUCCAAAUCCAAUGACCCCAGCUGUGGUUGGAACAGAUGUAGUGGAAAGAAAAGUCAUUGAUGGAGUUUUACAUACACACCGUCUUGUUAGUUCAAAAUGGUAUUUUCCAAAAUGGGCGCAGGCGCUCAUUGGAACAGCAAAAGUAUGUUACGCUAGUGAAAAAUCCACUGUUGAUCCAAUAUGCAAACAAAUGACAUUGAAAACAAUAAAUCUAACAUUUUGCCGGCACAUAUCUGUUGAUGAAGUGUUAUAUUAUUCACCACAUCCAACAGAUUCAACAAAGACUUUAUUAAAACAGGAAGCAACAGUAAGUGUACAUGGUGUACCGCUCAGUCAUUAUAUGGAAGAUUUAUUAACAUCAUCAAUUAGUUGUAAUGCUAAUAAGGGUAGACAAGGUUUAGAAUGGGUUAUUAGUAAAAUUAAUUCAGAGGUUAAAGGUAUUGCUACUUCUGCAGUUAAAAGUACUGAUGAAUUGAUAACACAUACAAAAAAAUCAUUUGAUGAUAUGGCUGAUAGUGCAAGAAAAAGCAUGGAUGAAUUAAGUGCAACAGCGUCUAAACAUAUAAACUUUUAGCAAUUGGAAGAAUUUAGAUGUAAUUCGCCGACAAAUACACAACAAUAUCUUUUUUAAAAAGUAAACAAAAAAAAAAGUAAAACAAAAUAUUAUUGUAAUCACUAACUAUUAAAAGCAAUUUAAAACUAAAAAUGUAUAAAAUUGUAUUACUAAAGAUAAAAAAACAUUAUUUUUGUAAUAACGAGAAUUACUUUCAAAAUUUUAUAUUAUAAAGAAUUCUCUUUAAUUAGUAAUACUAUUAUAGAUCAUACGCUUUACCAGAAAUAUUCAAAUGAGGAAAUCUUAAAAAAAUUUUAGCUAUAUUAUAUAUCUUAAAUAUUUACGAUACAUAUAUGUGUAUUAAAUAUAUAUUAAUAAUUAAGAAAAUAUGCAGAAAAAUAUUUAUUAACUAGAUAUUUAUUUCAUGGAACUGAAAGGUACAAAACAAAAAUUGUUUGUAAUCUUUUUUUGUUGUUUUAAAUUUCAAUUAAAAACAAACAUCUAUAGUGUUCUUGUAAAAUAUAGAGUUUUUUUUUUCAAUAAUUUUUUGAAACUCUUGUAUAAAAUUUUCUUUUGAACCUAACAUUAAAAUCUUUUAAAUUAAAGUUUCUGGUUUUACAAGUUUCUGAAAACAUAAUGCUUUUGUUUUAUUUUUACUUCACAAAUGUUUUUGUUCAUUUUUAUAUUAAUAUAUCCAUUGUUACAAAAUAUAUUUACUGGAUAUUUUUAAAUAAAAUUUUCUUCUGAUGCAACAAACUUUUGUAAACUCUUUUGAAUAUUUACACAUGUCUAUUACAUUUCGAUAUUUUGUGUCAAAAUACAUUUUUCCUUCCAAUAGGAUCACAAUUCAUUUUCUCAUAUAUUUCAAAUAGUAAAAUAAUUAAAAUUUUAAUGUAAAGAAAAGUAUAAAUGUACGUAAGUUAUCAAACAUAUAGAAUAUUUUAUGUUUUUGUAUAAUAUUAUUAAAUUAACAUAAGAAAUGUUUAAUUUUAUUAUAUAUGUAUAUACAUAUAUUAAGAAAGUUUCAUAAGAACAAAAAAAGAAAACUAAAAUUUGAUAAAUAAACUUUGUCGCUUUAUCACAGAAAUUAAGUAAAUACAAUUUUAAUAAAUACAAAGAUUAAGUUCAAAAAUUUUUGUAAUUUUUCUUUUAAAUUUGUUUGUUUUGAUUAAUUGAUAACUUUAAUAUUAAAAUGAAUUUUAAUCGAAUUCAGUUGAAAAUGAAGAUAUAAACCUUAUUUUAAACUAAAAUAUGUAAACAUAAAAUGAAAUUUGUUUAUAGUUUAUUUGGUCCAUUUGUUAAUAUAUUUUUAUUUGUAUCGUAUUAAAUUCAAAAUUUUUGACUUUAAUUAAUUUUCUUAUAAAAAUGACAACAUUUUAUGCAUUAUAAUUAUAUUCAUUAAUGAAUAGUUAUUGCUGUACAUUGCUAUUUUUAAUAAUUUGUUUUAAUUAAGUGAUCUAGUAGAAAAAGACGUUAAAUUUCUUUCAUGAAAUUUAUAUUUUAAAAGCAAAUGCAUACUUGUAAACAUACAUACUUACUUCAUUCGGAAUAUAGAAAUAUAAACGCGAUCACUAAAAAUUUUUCAUUUGGGGGUAUUAAAAUUUACUAAUCUUAUCAAAAAUAAUUUUUGUGUAUUUAAUAUUUAUUAAGAAAUUUGAAGAGUAAUAUUUUUCAACAUUUUGUUUAUUUUAAUUAUAAUCAAUAAUUCCAAAAAUAAAUAAAAAGAUUUUUUUUUUUUUGGCAUAAUCUCGCCUUUUUUUUUUUAAUUAAUUUAUUUUAAUAUUAUGUAGAUAAAAUUUAUAAAUGUAAAUUGGCAAAAAAAAGAAAAAAAAAGUCUUUAAUUAUUUUAAAAUAAUUGAAGCUAACAUUGAAAAAAUGAAUAAUAAAUUGAUAUUGUAAUGAUGAGAUAAAAGAAAAAGAGUAACAUCUUUUCUUUUUGUUUUAGAAAAGAAUUCUUAUUAGAAAAUUUAAUAAAAUAAAUUCAAAAUUGAACAACAAA